CGGGAACUAAGCUCUGCUCUGUGUUUGUGUGUGUAUGAGAAAGUGAAACUGUUUCACAUUAAGCGUCUCUUUGUGAAAUGGCACAGCAACAAAACCGAGUAGACAAGAAAAAGCUCUGCUGUUCGAUCUGUUUGGAUCUGCUGAAGGAUCCGGUGACUAUUCCCUGUGGGCACAGCUACUGCAUGAGCUGCGUUCAAAGCCACUGGGAUGAGGAAGCUCAGAAAGGAAUCCACAGCUGUCCUCAGUGCAGACAGACCUUUGUACUGAGGCCUGCUCUGGUGAAAAACACCAUGUUGGCUGAUUUAGUGGAGGAGCUGAAGAAGACUGAACUCCAAGCCGCUCCUGCUGAUCACUGCUAUGCUGGACCUGGAGAUGUGGCCUGUGAUUUCUGCACUGGGAGGAAGCUGAAAGCCAUCAAGUCCUGUCUGCAGUGUCUGGUCUCUUACUGUGAGCAGCACCUCCAGCCUCACUAUGAAUCCCCUGCCUUUGAGAAACACAAGCUCAUCAAACCCUCAGAGAAGCUCCAGAAGAACAUCUGCUCUCGUCACGGUAAAGAGAUGAAGCUUUUCUGCCACGCAGAUCAGGAGUGUAUCUGCCUUCUCUGUGCCAUGGAUGAACACAAACUCCACGACACGGUCUUGGCCUCGGAAGAACGCGGUAGACGACAGACGGAGCUUGCGUCAAGUCGACAAAAGAUUCAGAAGAGAAUCCAGGAGAGAGAGAACGAUGUGAAGGUGCUUCAGCAGGAGACAGACGCCAUCAACCACUUUGCUGAUAAAGCUCUGAAGAAAAGCGAGAAGAUAUUCACUCAGUUGCUUCAUCUCAUCAAAAGCACAAGCUCUGAUGUGAAGCGGCAGAUCAAAUCCCAGCAGAAGACAGAAAUCAGUCGGGCCAAAGAGCUUCAGGACAAGCUGCAGCAGGAGCUCAGCCAGCUGAGGAGAAGAGAUGCUGAGCUGGAGCAGCUGUCACACACGAAAGACCACACGACUUUUCUUCAAAAUUACUCCUCCUUGUCAUGCGUAAGUCAGUCUGCAGACUCACCCAGCAUUAACAUCUAUCUUCUGCAUUACUUUGAGGAUGUGACAGCAGCUGUGUGCAAAGCCAAAGAAAAACUUCAGGCCAUUCUUACCGAUACCUGCACCAAGAUCUCAUCGAUGGAGAAGGAAGUUAGUGUUUCACUGCCACAAGGAGAGCCUAAGACCAGAGCAGAAUGUUUACAACACUCACAAGAACUCACACUGGAUCCAAACACAGCAAACACACAACUGUCGCUAUCUGAAGGGAACAGAAAGGCAACAGUGAUGAGUGAGACGCAGCCAUAUCCCAGCCAUCGAGACAGGUUCACUGACAUGUUUCAGGUCCUGAGCAGAGACAGCCUGAGUGGACGUCAUUACUGGGAGGUGGAGAGGAAGUCGUAUGAAGUUUCAUUAGCAGUCGCCUACAAAGACAUGAGCAGAACAGGGUUUGAAAGUGGAUUUGGAAAUGAUGACAAGUCCUGGGCUUUAGAGUGUUUUAGGCAUAGUUAUCAGUUCAGACAUAACGCUGCCAGCACUUUAAUCAUAGGCCCUCAGUCGUCCAAAAUAGGCGUGUACCUGGAUCACGGCGCAGGUAUUCUGUCCUUCUAUAGCGUCUCUGACCCCCUGACUCUCCUCCACAGAGUCCAGACCACAUUCACUCAGCCGCUCUAUCAGGGUCUUGGUGUUUUUGCUACUUUUGAAGCUGCUGCUGCUGAGCUCUGCAGGCUCAAGUCAACACAAGUAUAGAGACAGUGGGUUUGGGGGCUGUGUGAUCGGCAGGUUUGCAGAGGAUCAACUUGUUUUGUUCUUUUACCUUUAAGUAUCAAAUAUGUGGCAAUGGACUUAAAUAAUGGGAUCGUUAAAAAUAAUGUGAGAGCAGUUUUUUUCUCUAAUCAGUUUGUACGUAUCAAAGUCCGUCCUUACCGGCAGUAUUGAGUUUAUGCUGUGCGACACUUGGACUUAAAUUUCUGUUAAAUCGUGUUAUUUACAUACGUCUGGUUUAUGAUCAUUCCUUAAAAAUAGGAAAGCACAUUAAAACUGCACUGAGUGUAAACAGGGCAUUUAGAUUUAGUUCAAGGUUUGCUGAAGGUCAAGACUUUAAGUCUGUUUGUACUCAUGUCUUUUAAUACGUUCUUACACUCCAGUGUUAUUAGCUUUAAAUACAAACUUGAUACUCAAAGAGCAGCUAUUUAUAUAUAUUUGCACAGUGAACAAAAAUGCUAGAAAUGUGUAAACGUGUUUUAUUUCAUGUGAACAUUUGCACAAUCCUUGUUGAGUAAGUAACAUUUUUUAUGAUUGAUGCUUUCAGUACAGAAAUA